CCAUGAUUGGCUCUGCAGGUAUUUUUAAUUACUGUCUUUGUCUAAAAUCCAAAUAAAAAUGUUGUGUUGUAUAUGAAUAUCACCUUCAGUACUUUUUCUCCUUUGUCCCUUCCUCAUUCUAGCCUCCGGGGUCCAUGAAAAAUCUCAUCUUCGUUCGUUUUCCUUCUUGUUUUCCAAGAAAAAACUGUCGUUAUUGAUUGGGUUAAUUUGGUGGUUCUGCUUUGGCGUUCUUUAUUCUUUGCUAGAAAUUUCUAGUUCCUCAAAGAAUGGGAGCUUGUUGCAGUAAGGAACCAUAUUCUGACGGGGUGGUAGAGGAUGCUAUAGAAGAGAAAGAACUAGAAGAUGAGGAGGAGGGUGAUGUAAUUGUUGGAGAUUAUGGAGCCCGUAUGAGGUUGUAUGGAGCUUCAAAAUAUACAUCAAUGUACACCCAACAAGGAAGGAAAGGGAUCAAUCAGGAUGCCAUGACUGUUUGGGAGGAAUUUACAGGUGAUAAAGAUAUGCUUUUCUGUGGAGUGUUUGAUGGUCAUGGUCCCUAUGGUCACAAAGUUGCACGCCAUAUACGUGACACUUUACCCUCAAGGCUCUCUAGAGAAAUCAAAACAUCACAAAAUAAUAGCUUCAAAAGUAGAGAUGCUGAUGGAAAAAGAGAUAAUAGCGAUGAGGUCAAUAAAAACAAAGGUGGCAAAGAUAGUCUUGACGAUGAUGAUAGCAGCAGUCUGCUGUUAUCUUCAUGGGAGGCUACCUUUACCAAGUCCUUUAAGGAAAUGGAUGAAGAACUUAGCCUUGAUGCCAGCAUUGAUAGCUUCUGCAGUGGUACUACUGCUGUAACUAUAGUUAAGGAGGGAAACAACCUGAUAAUUGCCAACUUGGGAGAUUCUCGUGCUGUUCUUUGUUCUAAGGGCCCAAAAAAUCAACUCAUUCCCAUCCAAUUGACUGUUGAUCUGAAACCGAAUAUUGCAAGUGAAGCUGAAAGAAUCAAGAACUCUAAUGGCAGAGUUUUUGCAUUGGAAAAAGAACCAGAAUUGUUCAGAAUAUGGAUGCCUGAUGAAGAUUGUCCUGGUCUAGCCAUGGCAAGGGCUUUCGGAGAUUUCUGCUUGAAAGAUUAUGGCCUCAUUUCAACUCCGGAAGUUUCUUAUAGAAGGGUUACUGAUAAGGACGAGUUUGUGGUUCUGGCAACUGAUGGGGUGUGGGAUGUGUUAACAAACUUUGAGGUCAUAAAGAUUGUUGCUUCUGCAAGGAAGCGAUCCAUGGCUGCUAAAUUGGUAGUAAAGCAUGCUGCUCGUGCAUGGAGAAGUAAGUUUCCUGGCAGCAAGGUUGAUGACAGUGCGGUUAUAUGCUUUUUUCUGAAGAACCGGACUUUGUUAACCAGAUCCUUCUCUGAAGUGACCCAACUCAGUGUAAAUCAUUCCGAGCUUGAAGGCUACUCUGACGUGAGUCUGGCCAAAUUCGAAACCUAUUCUGAGGUGAGCCGGGCCAGUCUCAAUCACUCAGAGAUUGCAGCAGUUCCUGAGAGGUUUAGAUCCAAGAAACGAGAGGGAAGCUCUGAAAAUGCCAACACUGACCUUAACUCAGAGGAGUAUGAGUUUCCUCAUUUCAGAUUACAAAAAGUUAAUUCAUCCGGAAAGUUCCCUCGACUUCUCAAAGUUUUGAGUCGACGAAAAUCAACCAGAGCUUACAAAGGUGUUGAAACUGUUGAAGUUUGAUGACAAUCUUCUCUGUCCGAGACCUUGUAAUGAGGUUCUACUGAAGUGGUCUGCACCUCAGGGAAUUUUUAUGCCUCAUUUGUACAAAUAUAGGAAGCCAAGGACCAAGUUGGGUGCUCCCCUUUUCACAUGAAAUUAUCCCUUGAUAUAAUUGUAAACUGGAAAUAUUGAUAGAUAAAUGGUCAUUGGAAGCACACUUCACUAUUUGGGGACUGAUUAGAUUUUUUUUGGAUGUAAAAAGAACAAGAAGAAAACUGAUGAUCUGAUUUUGGCAAAUUCCAU